AUGCGUGCUCGGUUUCCAAGAUCAGCGUACACCGCCUGCGGUCCGCGAACGCCCGUCCGUGCGCAGGUGAACCAGCUGGGCGGCGUGUUCGUCAACGGCCGUCCGCUGCCCAACGCGGUGCGGCUGCGCAUCGUCGAGCUGGCGCAGCUCGGCGUGCGGCCGUGCGACAUAUCGCGGCAGCUGCGCGUCUCACACGGCUGCGUCUCCAAGAUCCUGGCGAGGUUCCACGAGACCGGCUCCAUCCUGCCUGGAGCCAUCGGCGGAAGCAAGCCACGCGUCACCACGCCAAAGGUGGUGGCGUGCAUCCGCGAGCUCAAGCGGCGUGACCCCGGCAUCUUCGCGUGGGAGAUCCGAGACCGGCUGCUGUCCGAAGGCGUGUGCGACAAGGGAAACGUGCCGUCGGUGAGCAGCAUCAGCCGCAUACUGCGCAACAAGGUCACGCACGGCGUCACAGCCACAGCCACAGCCACAGCCAGCCUCCAGGCAGCCCAGCUGAGCCGCUGGGCUCCUCCUCACCACCCACCUCCGCCUCCUCUCCUGGGCGCCUACGCACAUCCUCACAGCUACUACCUGCACGGCUACUACCUGCAAGGAGCUGCAGCCGCAGCCGCAGCCCAGCCUCUCUGACAGCCUCUCUGACAGCCAUCUCUUCUCGUCUUCUCAUCAGUCGCGCAGCUAUAAACGUUCGUCGCGACUCGCAAGGCUGCACGCAAGACUUUGCGCCAAGACCCUCACGAUCCCUUGGAGGAUGCGGCUAUAUAGCUCCAAACAGCCCCUGACAGCGCUCCAACGUUUCGUUGUUUCCUAAGCUUAAUAGACACCUUGUCGAGGGUGUACCGACAGCGCGGAACUACGUGGCUUGCGGAAAACAUCCCUCUGCAAGACGGAUCGGCCGAAACCGACUACACCCAAUGUGACUUCCCUGCUUGCCACCGAUCCCAUGGUUCACCGCGAAACACGAACUCUGGCAAUCGCACCACCGACAGCGGGAGUACAUACGAAGCGAGACGCUGCAGCGUUGUCACCGGGAAAAUGGCCAAACGUCGGAGGCUGCUAUGGUGACGCGACGUGUGGCCCGCAUACAGAUAGGAUAAAGUCUGUGCAUGGCAGUGAAAAGGACUGUGAACGCGAUCUCACCUCAUAUCAGCGUCGAACAAGCUUCACUUAGCUUUGCAUGCAUAUUCUUUUCCGGAACAUCGUGAACGAUUCCGAGCUAGAAGAAAUUAUAAUUUUAUUUCUGCCCGCGCGGAAAGUGACGGCAGCGCUGCCGCACCUUCGUGACGUCACGCUCUGUAAUUGGUCAAUUCAAAGUUUAUUUAACACGAGGGUACAGACUAGCGGUUGUCCCCUCUAUCGAUCGACUGUAUAGAGAAGCAUAUAUAAGGUAUACUUUUAUAGACACAAGCCCAUCACGUAGCCGAAUUCGGCCAGGUUGGCGUUUGAGCCAGUCGGAGAUGGCGUAGCUGCCCUUUGAGCCAACCAGAGAGCACAGGGUGGCGAAUUUGACAGUGCUUAGAAUACCAGCCGCAAUCUGCCUUUGAGAAGCGCCUGAUCACAGAAGAGGUAGUUGCGCAAUAACCACAUCAGACUUAAAGCUGCCCUCGUUGUUCGAUGGACUGAUGCGUUGCAUGGAUGAUUAUUGCAUGGAUUAAUGCGAGGGAUAUUUUAUGACGUCACCUGUGUAGUAUGCACGCGCGUGUCAUGCGCAUUUUGCAAACAAGACUGUGGAGCCAGUGAAUGGUGAUUUGCAUCGCAGGACAAGAGAGCCCCUGCUGAACGACACAGACUCAAGGCGCGAAGCGACGACCACAGUCAACGUUGUUACAACGAACGUGGUGCUUGUGCGUGUGUGCUGUCGUGGGUGUGCAAUUGUUAGGACACCGACGGGAAGAUCUCCUUGCGAACCAGCAAGGGAACUGCGUGGACAUCCGGACACGCCACGGUGAACAAUUAUAAUGUACAAUGAAGCCUCUUAUUAUACGUAUGCUAUAUUUA